AUGAACCGUUCAAGCGAUGAGAAACGGGAAAAGGGGUUCGUGUUGGACUGCGUUGCGGUUAGCUCGGUUGCAAAAGGUUAUGAGCACACACGACCGCAGCUAUGGUCAGUGCUGCCUCCCUACCACGCACGUAACGAUCCACACGCUACGCGUUACAUAUCCAUCCCCGCUGUCCAAAGGACGUUGAAAAACACCGAGCCCGCAGACCAAUGCAGCAGUUCGGCGAAGAAAUUACUGGACUUAAGAAACUCCAUUGGUGCAGGACGUUCGAAGGAACAGGUGAGCAACCAUAGCGGACUGUUGAUGGACAUAAAGCCGCUGAUAGGUUAUAAUGGUCGGUUUGGAUUCCGGCGCAACACGCCAAAGCUCCGACAAAACUCUUCAAGCUUCGGAGAGGUGACGUCAUCCCCUCUAUACUGA